GCGGUGCUUCCCCUGCGAGCCGUCCUGGGCCGGCAGCCCCUUUCUGCACCGCCCGGCCACCCCGCCCAUGGUCACCAUGACGCGCUCCAAAACCUUCCAGGCCUACUUGCCCAGCUGCCACCGCACCUACAGCUGCAUCCACUGCCGCGCACAUCUGGCAAACCACGACGAGCUCAUCUCCAAGUCUUUUCAAGGAAGUCAAGGCAGAGCCUAUCUCUUCAACUCUGUGGUGAAUGUGGGUUGUGGUCCAGCAGAGGAGCGAGUGCUACUCACCGGCCUGCAUGCAGUAGCAGACAUCUACUGUGAGAACUGCAAAACCACGCUGGGAUGGAAAUAUGAGCACGCCUUUGAGAGCAGCCAGAAGUAUAAGGAGGGGAAGUUUAUCAUCGAGCUGGCCCACAUGAUAAAGGACAACGGCUGGGAUUGAGCUGAGCUAGCUGAGAGGGAGUGGCCUCAUGAGAAGCGAGGGCGGAGUACGGAUGAAGCCGGUUCAGGCAGUGCUUGUGUGGGUGAAUGAGUGACGCUGGUUUGAUGUUGCCUUUCCUCCAAUGUUCUACCCAACAUCCUGCCCACACACACACACACACACAGUCCUGGUCCCUGGGGUCGGGGCGGGUGGGGAUGGGGGCACUCUGCUGGGCCAGAUGUAAAGGAGAGGCAGCCCCAGAACAGUGCGUGUGUGCGUGCGUGUGUGUGUCUGGCUGAAGAGAUGGACACAAACGCAUCCAGUAACAGGUGUACAGACAUGUACAGUGAAAUCUGCACACGCAUCGAUAAACACCUUUCUAGACACUUGCAUGUCUCUCCCAUCCUAGCCUGAGUGCUUCAGACAGCCCUUUGUGCGUGUGUGCGUGUGCAUGUCCGAGUGGCACACUGCGCUUGGCAGGACCAUGGCCGCAGGGUCACGGAGUUGAAGGGUCUUUCUCCACACUGGGUGAAUAGAAGGCUAAGAUGAUUACCGCAAAAUCCAGCCGAGUGUGGCUACUGCCAGCUAGGCCAGUGAGGAUAGGUCUCUGAAUGGGCCUCUGAUGAACCGACCAAUGAAGGAGGCCCAUAUGAGGGGCUAAACCAGUCCAAGAUGGCAGAGAGAGCUUUUAAACUAGAUCGCCCUGCCUUGCCAUUGACAUGACACUAACAUCUCUCCUCCAUUCUGAAUAGCACUCCUUUUGUCCCUGCAUACUAAAAUGAACGUUAACCUGUCUAUGUAGCCAGUUACAUGGUAUUGUACCUGGGCCUCCCCUAUAGUCUGUGUUCAGUGUUAGCCGUCUGUGCUGCUCCCGCUUUCACUGUAAUCAUACCGUCUUUAGCUUACAUCAAAUUAAUACUCCAGUGUUUUUUAAUCUUGUCUCCAUCUGCUGCAUUUCUGGCAUAUGGUUGUUUACCAUAGGUAAUCAUUUUAACAUGUUAACUUAAUAGAACAACAGAAAACUCUAUGACUUGAAGUGCAGCCAGAAGGCACUUGUUUCAGUGCGUUGUGAAUCAAUUUUCUGCUCUUUCCUAAAUACAGGGAAAUUACUGUCUGUGGUAAUUAACCAUACGCUACAGAUGCAGCAAAUAUAGGUUAAAAAAACUGUUGGCGUAUUUCUUUAACGUUUCGGGGAGAGUGAGUAUGUCCUGAUGAUGAUGCUUUUAGAUAAAAGUUCUAGGCAUGAGGACGAGGUUUUCAGAGCAAAAUCUCACUGUAGGAUUACUUAAGAAACAGUAUACUGCCACCUAAGAAAACAUCAUUCCAGAAAACUGGAAUAAUCCAGAAUUCUUUGAAACAAACGAAAGCUAAUUCAUGAGCCCUAAUCCCAAGGCUAGAGAUCACCAGUGAAGAUGCCUUUUUGGCGUCCACCAACCAACCAAAGAACCUAUCAAUUUACAAAUAGCUAACCAAACAGAGGAUAGCCAGAGAGUAGUGAUCUAAGGUGUUAGGAAUAGCUGAAAGCCAAGCUUGAUAGCUUUUAUCUCUGUGAAAUGCGUUAUUUCUUUAUUGUAAAUGACAGAUAUUAAUAUAUAUGAACAUAUACAUUUAUAUUAAUGAAAGGCAUCGCUGUUUCUGUUGAUCUGUGCAUUUCAGACUGUAAAUAGUCAUGUGUAAGGUUUGUUAUUUAUGACUAUGAACAUCAUUUUAGCAUCUACCAUGCUUUCUGUCUGAAGCCCUAACCGGGUGUACAAUAUUUGCUACUUUUUUACUCUUGGAAAAUGUUUAGAUUUUAGUGUCUUUUAUAAAAGGAUGAGGAGAUGGUGACUACUACUGGAGCUUCAUCUAAAUGAAAAUAAAAACCUAAAACAUCAUCUUAUUUGAUUGUUGUGGUUUUGUUGGGCCUCAUUGUAACAGCUAAUUGUUUUUACUCAGUAAGAAAUACAUUAUGUAAACUGUGGUUUCAGUUACAGUAGGCCUUAAUGCUUACACAUCCUCACUGAUGACGGAAACAAAACGAAUGUACAGAUGUGGACUUCAGCAGACUGCAGGCUGCAUUAUUUCAUAAUGGAAAGGCUUAAAA